AUGGCGAUCCAAGUGACCCGUGCUGUGUUUGACGAUGGAGAUUCUGUAAUUUUAAAAAGUUACUUAGCACUUGGUAAAGAGGAAACAUCUCUGCGCAACCUAGCUUAUGUUAGCCACGAAGCACGACUGCUACAGUUUGUUGGGAAUCAUCCCAAUAUUGUACAGGUCCUUGGUAUUGUACACGCCAAAGGAAAAUUUCAUUCUGUGCUUAGCUAUGAAGAGGAUAGCAGCAUAAGAAUUUUGCUGAAGCGGAAGGUAAUAUUUCCCACAGAAGACAUAAUGAAACAAAUGAUUAUUGGGCUAGCUAAAGCACUCUCUUUUUUAUUUGAUAAAGGAGUGUUACACAACAACAUAAUUCCUGAAAAUGUCAUUGUGAAAGGUAGUGACUUCACUCCGGUCAUUAUCGGGUUUUCAUUCGCAUGUCGAGCGUCUUGUGCGAAAUCUAACGUUAAAGACGUUUUAAAGAAAUUAACCGACCAUCAUCACGUGGCACCAGAAUUGUAUAGGGGAAGCGGCGUGUCAUACAUGACCGAUAUUUACGCGUUUGGAUUUACUAUUGCGACAAUUAUGGAAUUAAAACCUCUGAAUUUCAAAGAUGCGCUACUUGAAGCUCGCAUUGAACGUUUCGUUUUUAAAUGUAUGGAUAAUCAUGUUGGUUUGCGUCCCCCACAUAAUUUUUUUUCUAGAAAGGUUGAGAGGGUUUUGUAUUGUUAG